AUGCGGGACGAUCGCGUGGGUGCGGCCCGGCGCGUAUCGGUCUGCGGCUCGGGGCGCGUCCUCCGGCUAGAAAUCGUUGACUUUCUUCAACGGUCGUCCCGGGGAUUGAUGAUUUCUGCCUGGCAACCCGGCCUGGCGGUGGACAUGUCCGCGUGGCGCGGGGCCCGGGAGCUCCCCCGAUCCCCUCCCCGGGAGCCCCCCGAUCCCUCCCCGAGGGUCUCGGACAUCACGUCGCCGCGAUCGUGGUCCGCGCUCGAGUCCUCGUUCGAGUCCUCCGACGACGACGGCUCAUCGGACGACGAUGAGCCCGAGACGUUGUUGUACGUCGCGCCCCGCGGUCGGUUCGCCACCGGGGGCGUCGGCGCGGUGGGCCGCCCCGCGGGCGUGACGCGUCGCGCGCCGCCCCUGCACGCGUACGUGUCGUCGCUCACGGGUGAGCCGUGCGCGCCGCUGGGCCAGGACGACACCACGCCGCGGCACCGAUGCGCCACCUCGGGGGUCACCACCGCGUACGCGCACGAGCAUCAUUCCCCGGGUUGGACCGGCUCGCGCUCGGACGACGACGGAUCGGGCGCGUCCUCGAUGGACGACGAUCGCCCGUUACACCGCGCCGAGCGCGCCGAGCGUCGGCGCGCCGCCGCCGAGAGCGCCGCGCGGCGCGAGGCGCGCGCGAUGGAGCGCGAACGGCGCCGGAGGCACAGCCGGACAGUCCGACGAGGUCCCGCGUGCCACCUGCCGAGAAACCUUAACGGCUGCCAUGACAAUAACCAAAACUUCUGGACGCACCCGUGGGACGAUCCGAGUCCGCGGACCCUGCGCGCGCUGUGCGUCGACGCGUGCGCGGCGGUGCUCCGCGAGACGACGCGGCUUCCGCCCGCGAUGGACCCCGCGCUCGUCGACGAGACGAUGGACCGAUGCGCGCUCGACGUCCGCGUCCUGGCCAUGUGCCUCGCCGCGGGCGCGACCAAACUCCGCCUGCGAGACUUUGCCGCGGUGCCGAACGUUCCCCUGACGGCGGCGUGGCGGUGCUGGCAGGAGGACUCUCCGGCGUGCGUCGGGGUUUCGCGGCCGCCGCCGACGCGGUCGACGCCGAUACCCGCCGCCAUGGUCGAGGUCGUGGACGGGAUACUGCAAACGCGAGUGGAGGGGUGGACGAAAUUGUUCGGGUUAGCGGAUACGCUGGAGACGGUGGCUUUGGAGUGCGGGGAAACGGGCGAGGACGACGAGUCGCACGGGUACCUUCGCGAGACGAUUGCGGAGCUGUGCGGGACGCGCAGCUUGCGAAAGAUGGCGCUGGGGUUUUUCGAGCGGGUCACCGACGACACGCUUCGGCCCCUCUGGGGCGGCGGCGGGGAACGGGAACGGGAGGGCGGGGGCACAUCGGUGGAGAAGGCGCCGCUGGCGUCGUCGUCCAUGGCCAACCGCGCGUUCGUUCCCCCUCCCGUCGCGAUCCCCCCGCCCGUAACCGCGCUCACCACGCCCCCCGCGCUCACGCGCCUGGACCUGAGCCACCUUCCCCUCGUCACGGACUUGACCGUGCGAAGCGUCCUAUGCCACUGCCAAAUGCUGCGCGAGCUUCGCCUCGAGUUUCUUCCCGUCACCGACGCGUGCAUCGCGCACUGGCGCGUCGCGCUCCGCAACCUGACGUGGCUUGAGGUCAAGUCGUGUCCGCACAUGCGAUUCGCGUAUCCCGACGUGGACUGGUCGCGUCCGCCGGAUAAGUUACGAACCCUCCGGAUACAACCGGGUGGCGCUCCGGAAAACUGGGGAUACGCGAACUCGGAGCGCGACAUGCGGGUCAGCGCCAGGCACCUGCACCAGCUCUCCUUCGCGAAAAAGUCCGCCAUCGCCCACCUGUGCCUCGGGUGCGAGUUCGCCGCGCCCGAGGGUGAGAACAAAAAGCUGGGCGUCGGCGGUAACGUGGGCGGGUACCGGUCGGAGACUGUGUGGGACUUGCGGGAAGCGCCGCUGCGGGGGGUGACGCACCUGGAGCUGUAUCGCGCGAGGCAGAUCAUCUGGCCGAGGCGUUUGGCGCGGUGGACCGACUGCCUCGAGUCCUUGGUGGUUGAGACGUCGGAGGACGGUUUGAUUCACCGGCUGCUCGGGGUGGCGACGUUGAGGAGGUUGGUCGUGUGCGACUGUUCCGAGAUGGACGUCGACGAGUUUGUCGCGCUGGGGAAGCUGACGACGCUGACGGAGCUGCGGUGCGGCGGCGUCGGCGAGCGGCUGGCGCCGUUCGCGGGGGACGUCAAGGCGGCGAUCGGUGAGCGGCUGGUGGAGGCGCACUUUCACUCGUGCGUCGAGUACCCGGUCGAGGAGUCGCUUUUCGAUUAG